AUGCAGGCCAUGCCAGAUGCGCGCCAGCAGUCCUUCGAGGAGAUCUACGGCCCCCCCGAGAACUUCCUCGAGAUAGAGGUCAAGAACCCCCGCACCCACGGCGUCGGCCGCGCCAUGUACACCGAUUACGAGAUCCUGUGCCGCACCAACAUCCCGGCUUUCAAGCUGCGCCAGUCGACGGUGCGACGCCGCUACUCGGACUUUGAGUAUUUCCGCGAUAUCCUGGAGCGCGAGAGUGCGCGCGUGACGAUCCCGCCGCUGCCGGGGAAGGUGUUUACGAAUCGAUUUAGUGAUGAUGUGAUUGAGCAUCGUAGGGAGGGGUUGCAGCGCUUCUUGCAGAUUGUGGUGGGACACCCGCUGUUGCAGACGGGGAGUAAGGUUCUGGCGGGGUUUGUGCAGGACCCGAAUUGGGAUCGCAAUGCUUGGUGA